AUGUCGUUAGCAUUUCUGUCCAAGAAGAGCUGGCAUACAGCGAAUUUACGCAAUGUGGAGAAGGUCUGGAUCGCCGAGCAGAAGCACGCGGCUGAGGAGAAAAAAGUCGCGGAGCUUCUCAAAAACAUUGAGGAAGAGCGGCAGCUUCAGGAAUUAAGAAAAAUGCAGGCAGCACAUGGUGACAAGUCAGCGACCGUGGAGCGAGUGGAUUGGAUGUACGAAGGGCCAUCGGCAGCUCGUGAAAAGACUGCGGAGGAGUAUUUGCUAGGCAAAGAGUACAAGGGUGACGGUGAAAAAACGGCCAAAGAUAAUGUUGAUUUAAGUUCUACCUCAAAAUAUGGCUCGCUUGCACUCAAUAAGAGCACAUUGCCAGCCCACGAUGCCUUUCAGCGGCUGAAUGAGGAUCCAAUGAUGCUAAUUCGAAAACGGCAGCAGGCAGCUCGAGAUGAAGUCUUAAAAAAUCCUGUUAAAAUGAAAAAAAUCAAGGAUCAGGUAAAUCGGCUAAAGGGAGACAAGAAAGCUUUAAAAAAAGCGAAAAAAGCUGCUAAGAAGGAAAAGAAGCAUGCACGAAAAGAAGAAAAACGACGACUGAAAAAGAGAAAAAUUCUUGACGAAGGAGAUAUGAGCAGCUCGAGUGGAGACGACAGCAGAGGGAAAGACUGGCAAAAACACUACAAGAGCAGAGCUAGAUCGCGCUCUAGAUUAGAUCGCAGAUCUAGAUCAUCAGUAUUACCCCGUCGUGUCGGUGACCAAACCCGUGGCCGUUCGCGUUACCGUGAGCGAGAUUUAGAUCAUCGUGGGCAUACCUGUGCUCAAAAUCGUAUCAAUCGCUCGAGUAGUGUUCAAUACAUGACCAAGCCGCGAGUAAAUAGAUGCCUUCGACGUAGUGCAAGCUCUACCAGUGAUUAUCACAGCCGGAGCCCAAGCCGCAGUGUUCGUCGAGACAAGAUGGAAGACCGAACUCGCAGCGAUAGAGCUUCAAAACGCGAGAAGAUUAGCUCUGACAGAAGCUUUUUUAGUAAAACACAACCUCGUCAACAGCAAAGAGACCGACGUCAUUUCAAAAAAAGAAGAUCUUACUCUCGCUGUCGUAGUUCGGUCAGCCGUCGAGGACAGCGUCGCUCUCGCAGUCCUGAAAGUCGUCGGGAACUGCGUCGGUCCCGUAGCACAGAUAGUCGAGGACAGCGUCGCUCUCGUAGCACAGAUAGUCGAGGACAGCGUCGCUCUCGCAGUUCAGAUAGUUGUCAAGACCUGCGUCGCUCUCGCAGUCCUGAUGGUCGUCGAGAAUUGCGUCGCUCUCGCAGUCCCGAUUUUCGUCGAGAAAAGCGUCGGUUUCGCAGUUUGAGUCGAAGACGAGACCGCAGCCCUUCUAGACACCGUGAACAUAGCCGACGCCAGCCGAGUUUUAGAAAAGAUCAUGAUCGCGUUGAAGGGCGUCAGCGAGAGAAGGAGCCAGAAACGAUACUCAAGCCAAGUGAUACUGCUGGUAAAUACGGUCUCGUCACCAAAAGCGGUGCAAUUGAAAGUAAGGAUGUUGACAAGACUUCGUUGGGACCUAAUGCCAAGCACUUGGCAAAAGCUCGUGAGUCCAAGCGCCUUGAGGAUAAAGAGCGUCAGCGCAAACUAGGCAAGUCUCGGGGCCAAUCACCUGAAUUAACACACGAGGAAAAAAAGCUUAGAGCUCAGCAGAUGGUUCAAGAUGCCAAAGAUCGCGAGGAUUACAUCACCAAACUUGCAACGCUGAAGCAAAAAGAAUUGGAUAAACGUGAGGAAGAUGUUACAAAAAGCAACCCAGAGUUUCUCAGGAAACUGCACUCAGAUGCUUAUCUGAACGAAACUAGCAACAUGAGUGAUCGUCUUCGAAGAAAUGCUCAUUAUAUUCAGAAAAAGGCGGAUUCUUCUAACUUUCUUUCUAAGUAG